GUCCGACGUCUUACGGGCGUUGGAAGUCGAUGACGGUUCCAAACCGCGCUAACCUUACAUGGAACAUCAUGGCGCUCUAAGGUACCGGUACUCUACACACAAUUAGCGUUUACGUGUUUUAAUCCGAAUUGAUGUUGGGACUCGGAACACGAUGGAUUGAAUGUCCGCUUCUGCAUCGAUUAACGGGUUUGUGCAUCGGUAGGAACGGACUUGAUGAUCGCAUCUCGAAGCGCCACGUUUGGCACCAGUAGGGCAUGCACACGUGAUAUCGCAUGUUCGACAUUCUACAGUUGAAUCUAUUCCUUCCAACAUUCAACCAUCUGCCUAUCCAAACACAAACAUAGGCGCCGAACCAUCCUAUCUCCAAUCUAUCCAAGAUGUCCGACCUUCAGUUCAGUCCCUCGGAGAUCCGCCUCGCGACUGCAACACUCGCAGCCGUCAUGGCCCUUCUCCCUGCAUUGUACUUCCUCUACCCAUCACAGAAGCAAGAGUCAACCGAACAUGUCAGGACCUUCAACAAGUUUCUCAAAAGUUACUCGACACUGCGACCACAAGCCCUGACAGCGAAUGCAUCCCGAGACUUCAAGCAUGCGGUCCUCCCUGCGUCACUCAAUCUUCCACCACGCACGCUACAACCCUUUCAGCAACAUGCAGGCAUGAUCUUCUCGCUUUUCGCCGCCUUUGACAUGAUCCCGCAGCCAAACAGGACGCAGGAGGCAGUGCACUUCAGCAAGGAGACAGACACAGUGGUUGCACAUUGCAAGAUGGGCGGGAAGGUGAACGGGGAGAGCGAGAUGGGGAGGAAGCUGAUUGCGAGCGGGAUUACUGAGUGGUGGACUGAAUGUGUUUUAUUUGUGAAGAUGAGCAAGGAUGGGACGAAGAUUUUGGAGGUUAGGGAGUUUGUAAAUAGCGCCAAGGCAGAGGAGCUGCAGAAGCGGUUGAGUGGGGUUUUGAGUGAUUGAUGGGGGGAAGUUUGUAAUGGAAAGACACCUGUGAGACGCGUUAAACAGCAUCUCACCUAUUGCUUGACGGUACAGCCUUGUUUCUGUGUGAGCAUCAGUUUGAUGCGUUGUAAGAACGCAGGUGGAUGUCCGAAUCAUAACGUCAUCGUUAGUCGGUG